AUUAUUUAACCCACUGUUACCGGGUGCUUUUUGUGUGUGUGUGUUAUUCGAGGGAUUCCCUCUAACGCCGCCUGCGUGACUCCUGAGGAGUACCCUGGCAUAGACAUCGAGCGACAUCAAGGAGGGAGCUGCAGACUUGUGUUUACUCGCGUAGCCUCCAGAUAUUUGACAGGAAUGGCAGACGAGUCUCUGUUUGACUUUCUCCACAUGGAGAUCGUGUCCCACGUUUACAAGGAGCAGCAGUCCAGCAAAGGAGAGAUGGACAACAAGGACAGAGCUGUCUGUGUUUCUGUUCUGGAAAGCAUGGGCUUCAGGGUGGGACAAGGACUUAUUGAGAGGCUGACCCGGGACUCUCCCAGCUUCAAGGAUGAGUUGGAUGUGAUGAAGUUCGUCUGUAAAGACUUCUGGACAAAGGUGUUCAGAAGGCAGGUUGACAACCUCAGAACAAACCAUCAGGGUACUUAUGUUCUGCAGGACAACAAGUUUUCUCUGCUGACUCAGCUCUCCAAUGGAAAACAGUACCUAGAUCAGGCUCCUAAGUACCUCGCUUUUUCGUGCGGCGUGGUGAGAGGAGCUCUGUCUAACCUUGGUCUGGACAGUGUGGUGACAGCCGAGGUCUCUGUUAUGCCAUCCUGCAAGUUCCAGGUGGUGAUUCAGAAGUUGUGAUCUGAUCCUCUCUGCAAACCCUGUGGCUGAUGAACCGGGCCCUGUGAGGUUCUGUUAAUCCUGAAGAGGAAACCAUACUUCCUGUCCAACCACAGAGAGAAUCAAACACCACCCUGAUUUCCACCACUGGGUCGAACAGGAAUAGCCAAAUUUUGCUGACAACCAGGUAGCCUUGAUUGGGCAAAGAAGGUUAGCCAGAGCUUACCUUUUACUUGGGGUACUCUGAUGCAGAUCAAGAUUAGAUUUAUUCCUCCUGCUUCAUGAUUUUGAUAGAGGUUAUUUCAUAUUUCAGCAAAAUAUUGCAUAAGGUUCUCAAGUUUUCACUAAAUACGCAUAGUCUGGCCUUGAUUGAUCCCACUAGGCCGAGCUUUAUUUAAAAGAAAAAAAAAAGAUUGUCAGUGGCUGUGAAUACAAUAAUGUGAAUGUAUAGUAAAUCAUAUAGUAAUGUAAUAUUCUUUGUAGUGUGUUGCAAUGUAGAGUCCCUAAAUUGACACAGAGAAAUAAGUGACAGUGAAAAAUCAAUUUAGGACAUCGUUUCAAAUGAUAUUUUUCAGGACUAUCAACUGCCAUCUCUUUUUAGCAUCCAUCCACAUAACAGCCAUCUGUCUUUGAAAAUCAUUACACCCGGCAUAUCAGAUUCAUUAUUCAGUUCCUCUGUGGACACACUGAGCAGCUGUAACCUGCUCCUGGUGCUUUGCUCUGCCUUGUAGCAGAUUGCCUUUAGGAGCUCUGUGUUUCAUGUAUGCUGGUGAUUCAAUUUAAAUUUAAAUCUACAAUCAGUCAUUAGAAGAGCUAAUUAUGUUAUGUUUUUUUUUUUACACAUUUGAAAGUGGAAUAACAUCUGCUUGAUGUGGUAAGUUGACCACUCAAACUGGGUUUACAUUAUUAUUUGUACCAUGAUGUACUUUUUUUUUUUUGUACAAAAUUGAUAUGUAAACAUGUAGUAUUGAGGUUUUCCAUAGCAUAUAGUAUGCUGCAAAUGUGAAUUAUGUUAUGUAAAGCUUUGAAAUAAUUUCACAUGGAUUUCUGGGUUACAUUUGUUAUUGAUGUCUUGCUUUGUUUAAAAGUCUCCUCAAACAGUUUAAAACUGUGAGGCCGUACACAUGUGCUGUCUGUUUUUAUUUAUUUACUCCUCUAAACCAAACAUUUUCUUUAAAUGGAAUAAUAAUGUCAUGACGAAAACAAGGCCCGAUGAACACACGGGUCAACACGAGAAGGGACUUCACCUCUGGCAGAUGCUGUUGUCUCUUUGUGCCACUAGAGGGAAACGGAAAGCUGUUGUUUUUUUUAACAUCUGAAGUCCAGUUCUACCUCUCAAACCUUUUUGAUGCACUCUCAGUGUUUGUCUGGGGCAAAGGAGAACUCGUACUUGAACAAACCCGGCUGUACAGUGCCAUGAAAAAAAAAAAAACACUUGUGUAUUUAUUUACCAGAUGUUUUAUGCAACAAAAUAAUCCUUAGCGAUGAAGUACCUUUUUUUGGGGGGGAAUAUUUUGAGCCAUCACAAUUUCUUCAGUUGAAUCUUCAGAUAUAUGAGCAAUAUAAUUCAUCUGUGAUAACACAAGAUGUGUAUAAACCACUCUAUUUUCCAUUCAUAACUUUAAAAUUAAUAAGUGAACAGUUCAGUUGUAAUGUUACCUUAUCUUUUCUUUUCUUCUUUUAUUUCAACAACACAUUUCACUGUGUGCACUAGCAUCAACUGCAGGUUCAUUUCCCACCAUCCCUGCUUAAGUUAUUAAUAUUUCUUUCAUGUUGCUGAUCCAUAUCAUGAGCUUGGUAUUACUGUACCUCUCAGAUCAGUAUCAAAGAUUUGUCCAUGCAGGCGUUAACUAUAAUUCAUGUAAACCUCGGUCAGCCUGAGUUAAAUCCGUCAUCAGAUUUGGUACAAUAAUUUACACUUCAGAUAUUAACUUUCUGGAUUUUCAUUACAUUUUGGUAUGGCACCAGUUGAUGGAUUAUGGUGCUUACUUUGCUUUUAUUUCUGUCCCUGCUCUAUAAUAAGUACCACUGACUGUGUUCCAGUGUUCCACUGCCAUCAGUGUAAUAGUUUUACACAAUAAAGGUCCUCACAUGUAACUUAA